CAACUACUAUUACUGCUACUACAAAAAAACGUACAUAUAAUCUUUCAUGUAUGUAUAAUUGUAUAAUUGUAUAAUUUUAUUUUUACUUUUGUACCUUGAUCAGUAAAUUUGUGUCUUAUCUUACCAGUGAUUUAUUUCCAACAAUGUAUAAUGUUUCAGUUGUAACAGUAUUUACUCUUUCAGGUUUAGAUUACCUAAUGGGACACAAACUAACUCUCUUUUCUUUUACUUUAAUAUGGUAUGCUUUGAUUCUCUGUGUCAAUUUAUCCGUCAUUGUUGUCAUCAUUAUGGAUAAGCACCUUCACGAGCCAAUGUAUAUCUUCUUGUGUAAUCUGUGCAUUAAUGGGCUUUACGGAACAGCAGGAUUUUACCCCAAGUUCAUCGCAGAUCUUGUGACAACUCAUGUCAUCUCGUAUACAAAUUGCAUGCUACAGGGUUAUGUAAUCCAUUCUUCAAACUGUGGAGAUUUGUCCAUCCUUGCUCUGAUGGCCUAUGACAGAUAUGUGGCCAUUUGUAAACCUUUGGUGUAUCAUUCAGUGAUGACAACUAAGAAGGUCUGUAUAUUUGUAUGCAUGGCCUGGUUUGUGCCUCUUUAUCUUAUGUUGAUGAAUUCAGUCUCACUGGUCGGGGUUGCAUUGUGUGGCUCACAUAUAAACCGGCUCUACUGUGUUAACUGGAUGAUUGUUCAACUUACCUGCUCUCCUCCAAGGGCAAACCAAAUGAUUGGAUAUAUUAAUAUUGCUUUUUAUUUUUCCCAUGCUGUGUUUAUCGUUUGGUCUUACAUAUAUUUAAUCAAGAAAUGCCUUAUAUCUAAAGAUAAGAAUGGGAAGUUUAUGCAAACAUGUAUGCCACACAUAGUAACAAUUAUUAAUUUCAGUUUUGGAAUGUUGACGGAUAUACUGUAUAUGAGGUAUGGAUCGAAUGACUUGCCUCAAAGUCUCCUGAACUUUAUAUCGAUAGAAUUUCUACUGAUUCCACCACUCAUAAAUCCCCUAAUAUACGGAUUUAAACUGACCAAAAUUAGAAAUCGAAUUAUCACCAUUUUUCAAUGUCAAGUCAAAACUUUUAAGAAGAGUGAACCUCCUUGUGAUUCAAUAUCGACCGUGAUGGAAGCAACGUUACCAGCUAUCUAAUAAGAAGCGACUUUUCUCUCAUCAAAAUAUUAUUGUAAUGAUACAUGGGGUCAAUGCUUCGUUGUAAAGUAUACACAGUAUUGGUUAUUUCAAUAAUAAAAAAAUUGAUGUUUUGUAAUUUUUGUUUACUUUCAAUAGUUAAUCAGAUAGGUCAUUUAAGAAUAUUAAUAUAUCUUCACUACGGCCUCUUUAAAUGCACUCCAUUUACUUUGUACACAUAAACUACCAGAGAAAAAUACAUUAUAUUUCACACUUCUUAACAUCUAUUUGCUGACAAUAUUUAUUUUUUUUCUUUUUGGCUCACGUUUAUAUUCUAUUUAUUGAAAAUAUUGUACGAGUAACUUGUCCUGUUCCAAGUUUAUUCUGUGUAUUGUGACUUUGUUACUCACUUAAGAUUUCAGAAGGUUACUUGGAAACGCUGGAGGGCGGCGCAUGAAAUAAAUUGGCCACUAUCCUAGGGCCUAGUGCAUAUUAUAUGUAGUUUAAAUGGUUUGAUUAUCCAUCCGACUGCCUCUUGAAAGCCAACCAUUUUGUGCAGGCUAGGUGUUCUGUUAAGAGAUACUUGAUUGUGUCAAGAGGAGGAAGGGAUUAUUCUCCAGGCAAACAGUUGAAUACAAGCAAAAGGAAAGGUGAUUUACAUUAAAUGUUCCAUGUUUCGCUUUUAAUGUUGCUUCUUGGCCCAUGAAAAUA